AUGUUCGCUGAGGCCAAUGCCCAAGUCGAGCUUCAACAAAACCUCGAAAGCCGCACCUCGGGUUGCACUGUCGGGGCAACUACGACCGACCAGCCGUGGCUACGUGCACAAUGGGAACAGUUUGGCAUUCAGUAUGUGCCUGUGAUGGUUCAGCCUCACCCUGUUUGGGCGCAACCUCUUCAGCAAAUGGCAGAGGAGAUGAACGGUGUCUUUUAUCCGAACGUGGCCUGGACGGCAGACGGACUGAAGAAGAGGCUCAACGUGGCCUCCAACCCACUGUAUGGGACUGGUUUGGACAGCAUCUUCCGCACCCGCGGCUUGCAUGACACGCAGUGGGUUCUCGGGACGCUGCAGCGUCUCGCAGGCGGUUCGCGAUCCGCAGGGCCAAUUCGUGCCACUUGGCGCUUGUUUCGACGAUCGGUGACAGGUGCCGCGCCUGUGCGACUGGAUCCUUUCGGUACUGCGGAGCUUCUACACCAGGCCUUGAAGGAUCUGGCACUCACCAGAGAGCAGCAGGAUGUCUUCGAACGGGUGGUGGCUUGCAAUGCUCACUUUUGGCAAGUCGCUGUUGACGGAUGCCUCGAUGGCUCCCCACCGUGGCGCCGGCAUGUGGCCCUCAAUCUGGCCCUUCUUCGAGUCUACCAUCGCCACCUCGGCGCCUGGCGCAUCGUGGAUGGCUUGUCAGGUUACCCCGGUGGCUCUGUUUCGCUUUCCUACUCCGAAGCUUUAGAGGCUUUGCGUUACUGUCGCUGGGCUCUUGCGGUAUACGGCGGACGGGGGCUCCGUGACGGGACCGAGAAGAUCGACUCUGAGGGUACGAGCAAGAUGGUAGAGCCUCCGAGUUCGAGCCAGCCCAACGAAGAGGAACGGGUGGCCAUGGCUGCUGCUGUGGCCGAGUGUGAACCUGAUGCCAUUCUCGUAUCAGACAUGGAUGAUGCAGCACAGGCUAGUGACCCGUUGUGCCCGCGAUUUUUGCUCGCGGAGGAUGUCCAACGCCGAGAGCUGGUCGUCUCUGUCAGAGGGACGCAGUCACUCUCGGAUCUUUUUGCCGAUCUGGUGGGCGAUGCGGAAGACUUUGCAGGCGGCAAAGCCCAUUCGGGCAUCCUGCAGACCGCUCGCAGACUCCUGGACCGCUUGCAUCCACACCUCCAGGAAGGCCUCAGCCGCCUGGACGAACUGGCCGGAAGCAGCGGAAGCAGCCCAUCUAAGUCCAAGAAGCGCCUGGUCCUCUGUGGCCACUCCCUUGGUGCCGGAGUUUGCGAGCUCUUGGCGAUCCUCAUGCUUGGUGGUGAGGAUGCAGCCUGGACGCUACCAAAAGGCACCGAGCUGAAGGUCUUCCUCUUUGCGCCUCCUCCCGUCUUCGGGAGCGAGCCCGUGCAGCGGGCCAGCAGCUUCUCUCGGCUCUGGAGUUUCGGCUUUCGCCCUGCGGUUCCUUCUGCGGUGCAGAGGGCCAGGGAUUCCUCUCUCGCCUUCGCCGUGAACUACGACAUCAUUCCAAGGACAUCUUUGCAUAAUGGCUACAAGCUUUUCCAGGAAGCGAGGGCCAUCGACGACUUCGUUGACUGGGGAAAGAGGGAUGUGCUUCGCAAGUUGGGCCAAGCGGAUGCAGAAACGCAGGUGGCUGUGGCUCGCGAGCUCGAAGAUGCCUUGUGCAAGGGAGCAUCGACGAGGCCUGCAACAGGCAAUCCGUUCCCGGUCCAGCAUGCGGUCACCUCCCGGCUGUGCCGCGUCCUGCUGGUACCAGGCGGGACUGCCAGCUUUUCUUCUUCUGGACAGUUGAACUCUGCCGCAUGCAGAGGCGGAGAAGAUGCAGUAGACCACAGAGCCCACGGCCGCUGGGUGCUGAAGCGCUCAGAUCAUCUGCGGCAGUGGCGGCGGCGCUUUGCAUGGAUUGAGGCUGGCGAGUUGUGCUUCGCAGUGUCUCCAAAGGAUCCGCUGCGAUCAAGUGUACCCCUGACGGCCGACAGCACGUUGAUCAUGCUGCUCGGACAGCCAAGUAGUCUCCCGUUCCCCGUUGGCAUGGGGCCGACGAUGUCCUUCCGUGCCAGCGAGCCCAGUGCUCCCAAUUCAGGAACUAACACGGAGUCGACGAUGCCAGCUGCUCGCGAUUUCGCAACGCCGUGGGCUUUCCGUGUGCAGACUGCAAGCACCUGGUCAGGCAUAGAGCUGCAGCCAAGUACCGGACAAAGGCAGGCUUUGCCUGCUGUCCGGAAUUGUCUGGCAGCGGAGGUCUUCCUUUGUACAGAAAGCGCAGCCGAGCGCGACGCCUGGCUCGCCGACCUGGCGGCCGCCGUCCGCGCCGCGCGGCAGCGCUGCAUCCGUGUGCUGCCUGCGGUGCCUUCCGAAGACUUUGGCCGGGAGGCACUGCUUGCGGACGGGUUAAUGAACGACCACGACGCUGGGCGAUAUGAGGUCGCGCUUGAGGCCCUUAUCGAACAGCUGCGCUGCGUGGAGUCAAUAAAUGCCACCACUGUGGACAUAGCACGGGUCUUCCGCGAGAAUAUUCGCGAACAUGACGAGGUUGUCAUGCGGAUGGACUGCGAGGGUUCCGAGUACGAGCUCCUCAGGCAGGAGGCAAUUUCAGUCCGAGCCAUAAGAUGGAGCUUCUUGGAGUCCGCUUCCAGCCCAGCCGAUUUGAUUUCUCGUUCGGCACUUGAUGCUUUCCGGUUGGCUGUGCAAACUUCGCCGGCUGUGCGCCACGCAGAGCUUGAAGUUGUUUGCAAAUGUCAAAGUGGUGGCUCCACGGUCCACGGCAGGUAUGUUCCCUUCCAGGGGGCGAAUCCUCGUCGGUGCCCAGCAGCUUCAAUAAGGCAGUGCUUCGAUGCCACCUACACCUGCGAGCUGGGACUGAGCUUUGCCGUGGACCGGAGGCUCUCCGUCCGCCGCCCGUCCGCUGAUUACCGAGGCGCUGUUGCAACGUCGAACGGUUCGGGCCUCUUGGUGACCUGGACUGCUGGCGACGGGGCAGGCAGCGAGAUCACGCAGCAUUGGGACGGCGAAGCGAUUCUGCGAUUGGUCGGUGCGCAGGCCACGCCGCCCCAUCCAGCGAUUUUUUCUUACGAGAUGUGCUGUGCAAGCAUGGUUGGGGAGUUGGUCCCUGGCCUUUCUCCGUUCUUCCACCACCAGAGUUCCGGUGAAUACUAUGGAGCCGACGUCCGCGCAAAGCCGCAAGCAGCCCGGCCUUGGGCUGGGGCGGCCAAAGAAGCGCUGCCGGGCGAUCCGUCCAAGGCCUCCAAGGAAGGGUGCGCCAACUUUGAGGGGCUGUACCAGGACAGCGGUGGUGGGGUUGUUGAGGUGUCGCAGACGAACUGCAACAUCCAAGCGAAGAAUGCUGCGCAGCGGUGGUCCAUAGAUGCGAAAGCUGAUGGCAUCCAGGUGUUUAUGUGGGAUGUUGUCGGGACGCUCAGAGACGGUCUCAUCUCCUGGUCGAAUCAAGCAACCUGGGUCAUCCUACAAGACGCCUCCGCAACGGAGAAAAAGGGGUUAGAGCACUUCCAUGCCCUGUGCAGACAUGGGAAGAUCUGCAUCUUGAGGGCAGUGCUAGGAGAGGUGCUCCAGGAAUCGAAGGCACUUAUCGCUAGGUCCUAG